AUGAAAAACGACCCCAAGUUUCGGAAUGGCUACAUCGUGUCAAGGGUACUCUUCACCGCCGGAAUUGUCCUAAUUGUUGCGGGCAGUUCCCUUAGUGAGAACGACCCUUCCACCGCGAAAACCCUGGUCAAAGCAGGGUAUAUCAUCAUGGCGAUUUUUAUUCUAUGUCUUGUUCUGUUACAGGGAUACUUUUGGCACAUGCGGGUAUUUCUCUCUGUUUCCAGUACCAAGGUGAGUAGUCUUCCUCCUUCGUCCUAUGCCAAAGCACACGCUAAUACCAACAACCAGGUCAUGCAAGGAAUGGCAGCAGCCAUUCCUUUUCUGCUCGUCCGGAUAGUCUACCUGUUUCUCUCUGUCUUUCACCCAGACCAUGGGAAGUGGAAUGCUCUCCAGGGAGCACUUGGCCCAUAUGUCGCCAUGGUGCUUGUCAUGGAAUACGCUGUUGUGUGUAUCUACCUGAUGACAGGAUUUCGCAUCCCAGCUACCAAAGAAGGACCUUAG